AUGGUAGCAGAUUCAGAAUAUAAUGUAUAUUUUGAAGACGAAUUUAGUGAAGAAUUAGAACAAGAAGGCUUUGUAGAUGAAUAUAAAGAAGAGAGAGUUGAUGACACUUCUGACGGAAGUUUUAACCAGUUAGAUUUAUCUAAACAUAUUAAAGGAACUCAUACUGGAGAAAAAUCAUUUCCAUGUAAAGAUUGUGAUAAAACAUUUACCAGGAAAAGCACUCUCGUUAAUCAUCAUAGAAUUCAUACUGACAGAAAACCGUUUAUCCGUAAAGUAAAUGAUAAAAUUAAACAAGAUGUGAAAAUAGGAUUGACAGUUAAAGAAGAAAAUAUUAAUGGCAAUUCUUUUGUCGUAGAAGAAAUUAAAAUAGAAAAUUUACACACGGAAUCAAUGAUUAAAGACGAACCAAAUGAAGAAAUAGGAGAAGAUACUCCUGACGAAAGUGUUGAUGAGGAUAAAUUAAAUACUCAGUGUGGGAACUUGUAA